CACUAUGGUUGACGUUACACCCCGAGACUCGCUGAAGCGCCAAGCGAACCGCUUCUUCAUGAUCAUAACGGCUGUGCUGACCAUGAUGGCCAGGCGAGCAAGCCGUCUGCCACUGAGGUUGAAGGCGGCGGCGGCGACGGAGCCGGCGAUGAAAGACGAUUGGAAAGUGGAGCUGAAGUCGCCGAGGAAGCUGCUGAGGUCCAUAAGCAGCAGAACGUCGUCGUUUAUUCGUAAGAAGAAGGGGAAAGAAGAGGAGGGAAAGGAGUGGGGAGAUGGUGGGGUGUGGCAGAAGGCAAUAUUGAUGGGGGAUAAGUGUGAGCCGUUGGAUUUCUCGGGAGUAAUGUAUUACGAUAGUAACGGGGAGCUGGUGAGCGAGAUCCCUCUCAUCACGUCGCCGCCACGUUAGAGUCCCGUGCCUUGUAAUUUCACCCGGAACAAACAAUCGAAGCAGCUGACCGGAGGAAACAACAACAAAUUGGAAUAAGUUGAAAGCUGAAACUCCGAGUUAGGUUUUUUUUUUUUUUUUUUUAAAUGUA